AUGAAGGUUCCACAGGAAGAUAGACCUUAUCAACAAUUUCUCUGGCGUGACGUUAAUACGGAAGAGAAACCAGAUGUGUACGAAUUAAGCAGUGUUGUGUUUGGAAUAAAUUCGUCGCCAUUUCAAGCACAGUUUGUAGCACAGACCCAUGCUGAGACAAACAGAGAAACUUACCCUAUGGAAGCAGAGACUGUUUUGAAAUCCACCUACAUGGACGAUAGUAUGGAUUCAGUAUCUACCGAGGAAGAUGGAGUCAAACUCUACAGGCAGCUAUCAGCAUUGUGGGAAAAGGCCGGCAUGUAUGCCAGUAAGUGGCUAUCAAACUCAGUGGGUGUACUGCAGCAUAUCCCACCAGAAGAUGUUGUUCCCGAAGUUGACCUGUAUGACAACAGCUUGCCAUCCGUAAAAACCCUUGGUGUGCUAUGGAAGGCCAAAGAUGACAUCUUCACAUUCAAAGCAAGUCCACAAGAGGAUGAUUUUACUUACACAAAGCGGAACUUUCUACGGAAAAUCGCAAUGCUGUUUGACCCUUUGGGAUUCCUAGGACCGUACACAAUAAGAGCUAAAGUUCUUUUGCAAGAAAUGUGGACUGCAGGUCUUGACUGGGAUGAUGUGUUGAGUGAAGACCUCAUACUGAAAGCUGAGAAGUGGUUUAGAGAAUUGACUGAGCUAUCGCUUAUUGAAGUACCGAGAUGUCUGCGUCUAUCUAAUGGUGGGAUUAUAUCGACUUACCUUCAUACCUUUGUUGAUGCUUCCCAGGACGCGUAUGGAGCUGUAGUUUACCAGAGGUGUAUCUAUGACGAUGGAAGUGUAUCAGUCAGAUUCGUGACAGCAAAAUCCAAAGUAGCACCACUUACCGCAGUCAGCAUACCUAGACUGGAAUUGGUGGGUGCAGUAUUGGGAUUAAGGCUGACGCUUUCAGUGACAAGUGCUCUGGAGAUGGAUAGUGACCAGUGCACGUUUUGGACGGACAGCAUGAAUGUGCUGUGCUGGAUCAAGGCACAGAGUAGAAGUUUUAAGCCCUUUGUAGCAAAUCGUAUUGGGGAUAUACAGUCGGCCUCGAAUCCAAAGCAGUGGCACCAUGUGCCUACAGAAAUCAACCCUGCUGAUAUGAUAUCCAGAGGAGUGAUGGUUUCACAGUUACAGAAAGACAGUGUCUGGUGGAGUGGGCCGCACUUUCUUACAUUGGAUGAUUCACAGUGGCCGAAUCAGAAAGUUGAAAAACAGGACUCUGACAAGGAAAGAAGUUAA